AUGAGGAACAAACUGUGGCUCCAGAGUAUUUCCUUCUUCCUUUUAUUCCACUACACUACGUGUUGUGAAAACCUCACUUGUUUUGUCGACUACGUUCAGACCCUGUCCUGCGUCCUGAGAAACGACUGGGGUGCCGGUUCGUACAACCUCACUGCAACAUGGGUCCCUGAGGAAGAUCCAGAAAAUACCGUGGCUGCCUGCAGUCUCCUGCAGUUGUCCAGGAACACCAGUCACACGCAGUACGUGUGCACUGUGGACAUGACUGUGCUCCUGGCAGAUACCAAAGUCCAGGUGGAUGCUACAGCGGCAGCGGACAGGCAGCACGUGAUUUCCAAAGGCUUUUAUAUGGCAGAGAACAUCAAGCCGCAGCCUCCAUUCAAUCUGACUGCUGUGGUCUCAGAGGGUUACAAUAUUUCCUGGGAAACCAACUACCAGAGCUCUCCGUCCCACUUUCUGAAUGAGGAGCUGGAGUAUCAGCUGCGUUACAGGAGAAGGACCGACACCUGGGAGACUCAGAAGAGUAAGGCUGUCCAUGAAGAUAAGCGGACGCUGGUGAUCCUGCCAUGGGAGCUCCAGGCGAACACUGAGUACGAGUUCCAAGUGAGAGCCAGACCCCGAGAAGACACUGGCUACCAUGGAUUUUGGAGUGAAUGGAGCACUCCACUGACCCUGAAAACCAGCCCUGCCGCAGUGACACCGGCAGCAGGCGUGGGAUGGCUGCUGCUGCUUGGUGUUGUUGUGGCAAUCACCGCCUCAGUCGGGACCUUUCUGGGCAGACAGCAGAGCCUGUGGAAGAAGAUGGCUUGCAUCCCAGACCCUGCUUCCUUUUUCAAACCUCUUUACCUGGUGCAUAAUGGAGAUUUCAAGAAGUGGGUUGGCGCAUCCCAUGCGAAAAUAACUUUUGAUUUCUUUGAAUGGGGAAUAGUCCUUCCAGAAGCCCUAGAAGUUUACACCACGCGUGGUUCCAACAGCACCUCCCAGGAGGAUCUGCACGAGCUGAGGAAAGAGCUGCCUUGCAAGCCCUGUGUGUCUUGCCUGACUGCCCCGGGGCAGGACAGCCAGUCCCUGCUGUCCAGUGUGAACAGUAGCAGUGGGGCUCGGGACCAGUCAUACGGGCAUUUGUCCAUCCAUACUGUGACUGUGGCCAAUGAAUUUACACCUUGCAACUGCCAGUGCAACUGUGACGGUGUGUACGGGGAACGUGAGCAUCCCAGCGAGGAAGAUAGUGCUGGAGAAACUGGUUACCCCAAGGUUAAUGUUGACGAUGAAGACAGAAAGACGUCCAGUGACCUGCACCUGGCUGACCUGAGCACGCAGGACAAAAUACUUGCUUCAGGCUCUGUGUCCACAGACCGCCUGAGUACGAGUGUCCCAAAUCACCAGCAGGUAGAAGGGGCUCUGGAAGGAGGGAUGGGAAGCAUCCUAGAAGCCCUUUGUUUGCAGCUGAGUCAGUGGGAUUUGGAAAACCCAGCAUCUCUACCUUCUCCUGAUGGUGAAAGUGUUUCCUCCAGUGAGGGUUCCUGUGACUUCUUCCCUCACAGUGCAAGGCCCAGUGACAGUUACCCCAUGAUCUGUGUAGAUUUGGACACUAUUGACAGUGGCUUUGUGGACUCAGACUGUGGGAGUCCAGUUGACUGUGAAUUUGAGCAGAACAGUCAGAACAACUGUGGGUCCACUCCUCUGGAGCGGGAGGGGGAGGACUUUCCACGGAGCUACGUCAAGCAGUGGGUCUCCUGCCGCUCUGACAGCCCUGCCAGCGGGACACAGACAAACUGAGGACUUGACGUUGU